AUGGCAGGCGUUGCUUCCGAGAACUACCCUGGUCAGGAUGGUGACUACGCCGACAACAUUAACAGAUACGACAAUCACGGAGGUGAGAGCAUAGGAACCUCUGGUAACGAUGAUUACGCGCACAUUUACGAUUCUUAUCAAAAUGAAAUUUCCGAAGGCGCUUCCAUCGAAGAGUAUGCAGACCGGCACAGGGAUGAACGGAAGCAAAAGCGUGACCGUAGACGAUCUCGCAGCAGGAGUGGAAGUCGAGGAAAAAGCCGGCAUGGAAGGCGCGAUAAAAGCAAAGAUCGCAAGUCUAAACGCAAGCACGGUUCUCCUACACCAAAGCCUCUUGUUUACAAAUAUUGGGACGUUCCUCCGCCAGGAUUCGAACACAUUACACCUGCUCAAUACAAAGCCUUGCAAGCAUCAGGACAAAUACCAGUUAACGUAUAUGCAGCUGGACAGGUUCCGAUGCCACCACAUGCUCCUAAUGCACCUCUAACCUUGACCACAAAUGUCCCAUUCGCCGGGAGCGCUGUCUGCCGUCAGGCUAGGCGGCUCUAUGUAGGCAAUAUACCUUUCUCUGCUACAGAAGAAAAUAUGAUGGAGUUCUUCAACAAGCAAAUGAAAAACCAAGACCUUGUUCAAGCAGAAGGAAAUCCUAUCAUAGCCGUACAGAUCAACAUGGAAAAGAACUUUGCCUUUUUGGAGUUUCGAUCUGUAGAUGAGACUACUCAGGGCCUUGCUCUUGACGGAAUACUGUUUCAUGGUCAGGCCCUUAAGUUACGAAGACCCCGUGACUACGUUCCGGUCCCAGGUGUGUGCGAAAAUCCAACUAUAGUCGUUCCCGGUGUCGUAUCAACUGUAGUGCAAGAUUCUCCACAUAAGAUUUUCGUUGGUGGUCUUCCAAAUUAUCUAAAUGAGGAUCAGGUUAAGGAGCUACUGCUGAGUUUU